UUUGAGGCCUGAAUAGUGCUCAUCAUUAUUCUACGAUCUUUUCCUGCUCAUUGUCGCUUCAUGGAGAGCUUUCCUGUGCACUGACCUGACCGGCUUCCCUCUGAACCUGCAGCCAUGUCGGCCUGCAGCACUUUCACUGAGCAUGUGUGGAAACCAGGCGAGUGCAAGAACUGCUUUAAACCCAAGAGUCUGCACUGUCUGGGUCAGAGUGGUGGAGGGAAGCCCCCUUCUGAGCAAAGAUCAUCAAAUCAGCAACAAAUUGCACCUCCAGCUGGGAACAGAGCUAACUCUAACCUUUCUACAAACAUCCAGAGGGGUGGAAGUGGAUCUGCACGCUCGGGACACGUCCGUCCACCAGUGGCUAAAAAGCCAACCAUCGCUGUUAAGCCCACUAUGAUGCUUCCCUGCUCUUCUGCUGGACUGGACUUGGAUGGUAAUUUGCAGCAACAAACAAAUAUAAUAGAACGGGGUAAAAAUUCAGCCUUCACUGUCUGGAAUCGCAAUGGACUGAACUGUAAGAGGCCCAGUGGACCCAGCAACAACAAUGAAGGGGAAGAUGGCAGUGAGGUAAUUGAAGGUUAUGGACAACUUAGCCCAAGAACACCAAGUGGAAAUAAUAACAGCGGACUGACCGAUGUUCUCAAGGAGAUUGCAGGAUUGGGCCCUGGCUGUAGCUCCUCGCCCUUAUCUGGGUCCAAAGACAUCUUUUGGGGACGAAUCAAUAGUUCAUACCGAAAGUCCUUAGAAAGAGGCCUUCCAGCAUCCAGCUGUCUGGCUAUGGGAAGCAGCAGUAGUGAAGGUGCUGCUCAAAAGCGAGUAUCUCUUAGUGACAGUGCUAAGAUCAUCAGCACAGAAGGUGGGCGCUACUGCUACCCAGACUUUUCCAGUGAAGAUGAUGAUGAGGAAGAUGAAGAUGAGGAGGAAGAUACCGAGAAGGAUGAUGAUGAUGAUGAUCAUGAGAGCUGGGAUGAAAGUGAUGAAGAGUUACUGGCCAUGGAGAUCCGUAUGCGAGGCCAACCACGGUUUGCAAAUUUCCGUGCUGCCACACUGUCUCCUGUGCCAUUUGCUGCUGGUAAAAAAUGGAAUACUGUGCCACUUCGCAAUCGUUCACUUCAGAGAAUUUGUGCAGUGGACUAUGAUGAUAGCUUCGAUGAAAUCUUGAACGGAUAUCCCUCAAUUGAUUCCAAUGGAUGUCUCCUUCCUUUUGGUCCUCGUGACACGCAAGGCAGUGCUUUCCUUUCAAAUUCAGAGUCCACUACUUCUCCAGAAUCAUCUUCGUCACUACAAGAAGAUUCCCAAACAACUUCCAGCAGUGGGAUCAGUGCCCAAUGUGCCCUUAAAAAUGGUGUGCAUUCACCCAUAUCUUGUAAGGUACCUGUUCCAUGUAUAUCUCCCUCAAACAAGGAGUCUGUCAACAGAGUAUUAAGUCCAGUCAGGGUGGCUGAAACGCACAAGGCUGUCCUAGCUAUAAGAUUAGAAGAACAAGAUAGCAGAGAAGGUAUGCCAAUGCCUCAAGCCCUUCCUGGUCAACCAGUCACGAUAAGUUUUAGUCCCACAGAUGAGCAAGCUAAACCAUACCGUGUUGUAAACCUAGAAAAAUCCCUCAUAUGUAAGCCCUACACAGUGGUAGAUGUCUCAGCAUCCAUGGCCAAUAAAGAUGAACAAAUGCCAGAUUCGUUGCCACAUUGCACAAACCUGUCAAAGACCUCCAGCCCUACAACACUUUGUAGCACUCCUUUAGUUCAGCCGCUGUCUCCAAUGUCCCCCAUUUCUCCGUCUUCCCCUUUAAGGCCAACAUCACCUUCAUCUGUUGCUCAGUCAGGUAUUACACGAAAGAAACCAGGCACUGUCCGCUACCAGGAAGUGUGGACAUCAAGUACAAGUCCUCGCCAAAAAAUACCUAAAGUGGAUCUAGGGAUAGGGAGCCCUCCUGGUGCCUUUGUGACUACUCAGUUUUGCAGUCAUAAGUCAGCUCCCACUUCUCCCAUUGCAGGGUUGUCUUCCUCUCAAACCGUACCUGUAAAAUCUCCCAACUUAUCAGAGAUCAAGUUUAAUAGUUUUAAUAAUGCGGGCAUGCCUCCUUUUCCUAUUAUUAUUCGAGAUGAACCAGCUUAUGCUCGCAGCUCCAAGAAUGCGGUCAAGGUACCAAUUGUUAUCAAUCCAAGUGCGUACGACAAUCUUGCUGUGUACAAGAGCUUCUUGGGACUACAUGGGGAACAGUCGCAAAUAAAAGGGGUAGGUAGCAGGGUUACCAGCCAUACCUAUGAAGAAAUUGGAUCCUCUGAGAGUGUUCAUUCCUCAUUAACUGAGAAAACUCUCUCUGGGACGGGUACAUCAGAGCGAACUUCAUUUGAGGAGAUGAAAUUUCCUCUCGAACCAGUACCAAAAGCACCAAGUUUGCUACCUAAAGCCACUACAGAUUCUAGCACUGUAACAAGCACUGCAAUGAGCUCUGCAUCCGAGUCCUUUUCUCCCACUACAUCACCAAAUUCCUCUUUCAAUCUUGCCAUUACUGCAAAUCUCACUAAAGCUAGUCUUGUUGGUAAUGUUGUUCCUCACACUCAUUGGACAGCUGGAGAUGUAACUUCCAGCAAAGAUGAUGAUAAAAGUUCAACUGUAUCUUCUGGGACAGUUACAAGUCACAGAGAGGAAGCCAGUACUGUACUAUCACAGAUUGUGGCCUCUAUCCAGCCUCCUCCGUCUCCACCAGAGUCACCCUCAGCACAAACCAAAGCUUUUAGUACUGAAGAGUUGUAUGCCCUACCACCUGAUGCCAUAAAUGAGACGCUUAAUCGGCCCAAGUCUCUCUUUUCCACCACUGAUGGUUGCCUUUCUAAGCCAAAAAAUGAAAACUUAUCAAAGGUUUUGUCUAAAUCCCAGAGUGCCUCUGCUGCUGUCCCACUUUCUAGCCCUCGAUCAGAGAUCAAUGCCCCCUACCCUCCUCCAAGAUCCACAUCCUCCCCAUACCAUGCUUCUAACAUACUUCAAAGGCAUUUUGGUAAUUGGACAAAGAGCUCUGCCACAAGCUCUCCUGUACGACCCAGUGAAGGUGAAGCAAGUCCUGCUGGAGAAGGAAGACGUACUUCAAAUGAAAGUUCCAAACCAAAACGCUGGAUCUCCUUUAGGAGCUUUUUUCGUCGGCGGAAAGAUGACGAUGAGCAGAAAGAGAAAGCGGAGAGAGACAAGGAGAAGGGUAAGCUGGUUGGCCUUGAUGGGACAGUCAUUCAUGUUCUUCCACCUCCACCUGUGCAGCCUCAACACUGGUUUACAGAGGCCAAACCUGAGGAUCCCACUCAGAAGUCUACUAUUAUAUUCACAUACAAACCUGACACUCAAAGCGCCCCUGGUGCUGGAGAAGGAGAGCUACGAGUAGAGCAGUGCAAAGAAACGGAUCUACAAACGAUGAAUGAAAGCAAGGACCACAGAUCUUUGACCCCAGGCGAAACGCAGCCCUCAGAAACCACUGAUGCAGAUGUCAUCGGCAAAAUCCAAAGCCAGGUACCAGCGAGCAGCGCCAGAAGUCGGGGGGAGCUGCCGACUGUCAUCCCUCUGCCUGCCAAAGUAAAUCUGGGCCUGGUGUUUGGGGAGGGCAAGGAUGGCCAUGCCAGCCAGGUUGCUGUACCGGUUUCAGCCAGCGAGGGCAGCACCAGCCUCGGAGAGCCCGAGGAUGAUGGAAACCACUCCACCGCCUCCAGCCAGUGCAGCGCGACCUACAGCAACCUGGGACAAUCACGAGCUAAUAUGAUCCCACUGAAGCAGCCACGGAACAUCAAAUCUUCCUGCGAUACCUUGGCCUCCAUCGAUCUGGAUGGCCCCGCUGAGCAGCCAGCGCCCAAAGCUACGCCUCCGCCACUACCCAAAAAAGUUCCUCGUUCUAGCACUGAACCUACCCUGGGAGGCAAAGAGCCCAGUCAGGGAGCCCUAAGACCUCGAGCUGAGGCUAAACCUGGGGGAACCAACCUGAGUGUGGCCAACCCCGUCUACGACUUGGACUCCACCUGGGAGACAGCCAGCCAGAGUUCCUCCCUCAGCUCUGAGGCUCAUCGAGUCCAUGACCAUGAGAGCGGUGACUCUUUGGAGAGGCCAUCAGCUGCCGGUAAAUGUCGCCUGACUAACAGCGUGGCCUCUCUGGUCCCCCAGCCUACACCUGCUGCUCCCAACGCCACAUCUGGAAGAGAGAAAAAGGUCUUCCCAAGUACAGAGUCUCUGGCGGGGAAGAGUCGACCCGCAGGGCGAGGCACUGCUGGAGGAGGUGCCACUAAACCGCAGAGACCCGCUCUUUACAGGGGCUUGGACUGCUGGGACGAAGUGGUGGGGAGGAUCCGGGGGCUACACACAGAUACACUGCAGAAGUUAUCGUCAAAGUGUGAGGACCGCUUCAUGGCUGGUCAGAAGGAUCAUUUGAGAUUCGGCACGGACAGCUGGUCCCACUUCAGACUGACCACUGGGAAACCGUGCUGUGAGGCGGGAGAUGCUGUCUACUACACUGCCUCCUACGCCAAGAACCCACUGGUCAGCUACGCCAUCAAGAUUUGCCGGAGCCACGUGAAGGACACGCAGCAGCAGUUCUUCCACAGCCUCGCGGUGAGACAGAGCUUGCCGGUGCACUUCAACAUCCAGCAGGACUGUGGACACUUCCUGGCUGACGUCCCCGCCCGGCUGCUGCCCUGGGAAGAAGAGGAAGAGGAGGGAGACGAGGAGGAAGAAACCAAAGAAGCUCCGAUGGACUCAAAAACGAAAGGCUCCAAAGCGUCGGCCUCCAAUGGUCAGUUAGACGACCGGGCGUCUGACGUGAACGCAGCGGGCCGUUUGAGGAGCCGAGUGGUGGUCAUCACCCGGGAGGUGCCGUUCCAGACGGUGGCGGACUUCGUCAGAGAAGGGGGGCCGCGACACGCCAACAACCCGGAGCUGUACGAGCGUCAGGUCUGCCUCCUGCUGCUGCAGCUCUGCUCGGGGCUGGAGCACAUGAAGCCCUACCACGUGACCCACUGCGACCUGAGGCUGGAGAACCUGCUGCUGGUCCAGUGCCAGCCCGGGACCUCCUGGAAUCUAGACCUUCUAGAGCCCAACAACAACAGCGGUGGCGGUGGAGCUGCGAAUGCUGCCAACGCCACCUGCCCCGCCCGCCUCAUCAUCAGCAACUUCUCCCAAGCCAAACAGAAGAGCGGCAUGAUGGCCGCCCACCCCGGGACGCUGCGCGACCAGUCCAGGCUGGCGCCUGAAAUCAUCACGGCCACACAGUACCGCAAGUGCGACGAGUUCCAGACGGGGAUCCUCAUCUACGAGAUGCUGCACAGACCCAACCCUUUUGAGGUGACUCCAGACUUAAAGGAGCGGGAGUACACGUGGGCGGACCUGCCCCCGCUGCCCACCCGGUCCCUGUACUCUCAGGGUCUGCAGCAGCUGGCCAGGCUGCUGCUCACCGUCAACCCUUCGGAGCGCAUCCAGAUGUCCGAGGCCCGCGCCUGCCUGCAGUGCCUCCUCUGGGGUCCCCGGGAGGACCUGUUUCAGGCGCUGGGCUGCAGCAGCGCAGGCCCCGUGUCGGGGGCCACCGCGAGCCAGCGCGACGCCACGCUCCAGAACUGGCUGGACCUGAAGCGGACGCUGAUGAUGAUCAAAUUUGCGGAGCGCUCGCUGGACACGGCCUGCGGCGUGAGCCUGGAGGACUGGCUGUGCUGCCAGUACCUGGCGUUCGCCACCACGGACACCCUGAGCCGGGUGGUGCACAUCCUGCAGCCGCCGCCGCAUCACACCCAGCAGAACCAAACGCACCUCGCACACGCCCUCCACUUGACUCCGUCGCAGCCACUCUGAGGUGCCUGCGACUGUUACCAUGGCAACAGAUCCACGUUCCCUCCGCGCUCCCUCAGCUGAUGUGAGCGUCGUCGUUGCCGCCGCUGGAUCAGCUGCUCUCACUUCACUCCUCGUCAGCGACGUCCUCACACAUCCAGUGGUUUUGCUCUUCUCUAAGAUCAGAACCCAGCACGAGCAGAACCAUUUAAAGGUUUUGCGUUUUCCCCAAAUUCUACACGACGGCAGCUUCAUGCGUGGACACGACUCGCCGCCGUCUGACUUUAUUUGAAGCUGCAUGAAACCGAAUCAGUCUGAAUAAUAUUCUACGAAGGUGCCGUCAGUCAUUCAUUGAUACCCCGCAAGAAAAUGUGGUCAGAAAACCAAAAAUUG